AUGGUACUCACUGUUAGAGACCGAAACUUACGAAAAACUCUUACUACUCAAAGUACUGCAUGUGUUAUCACGACAAAAACCGUGAAUUCAUGCUCCGUCUCAAAAACUCCAGAGUUUUUGAGGAAGAAAGCAACAACAACGAAGAAAACACUGGCAAAUCAGCGUCAAAGUGGCAAGUCAGAUCUCAAGAAAGCGCUUUUUACUGACCCGAUCAAAAUUUCAGACUUCAAAAAAUCCAAUGAGAGCCGCAGACUUAAAAAAUCAGCUUGUCAACCUGAUUUGUACCCAUCUGAUCCUUCUAAACUCGACAAGAAAAUCAAGUCUGAUAAGAACUAUCAAAAGUUCUUGAAAAAUGUCCCAUCGUGCUCGACUCCUAUGCGUAAAACAACGCGGAGAAAAUCAGAUACUGAUGCGCUGCCCCCGAAACCAAUCUCGAGGAGAAAGGGAACUAAGAGAUGCUUUGAAGAAGCGGAUGAGCCUGACCAGCGAAAGCCCAAAUUAACUCAAGUCGAAAUCGAAAAUCGUCAGCAAACUAUUUUUUCCGAGCGAAUCUACAAUGUUCUUAUUGAUCGAUACAUGGACGAGAUCUGCGAAGUCCUCGAUGAUUUCGAGAAUGAGGACCUGCGCAGUAAAUCUCGCGCUAUUGCGAGAGCUAUAGUGAACAAUGCAAAGACGUCUGCUGCUUCUGCUACAGUGACUUUUAACCGAAUCUACCAAAAUCUCAAACGAAAAUCAAACAAGUUUCUGUUCACGGCAUUAAUCGAGAACCAAAUCAAGACUCGCUUGCUACCUGCAAUGACUGCUGUCGAACUAGACCCUAAAGGAGCUGCAAGCAAGGCCCAAUCUUCCCGAAAAUAUCAUUUGACUUCUCCGCGAAAACAUUGCCCGACUGGAAAAUUCAUCAGCGGGCAGCUGGUCUAUCUUGAUGAGUUGUAA